GUUUCUGCGUCGCGUGUGAUCUGAUCUCUCCUACCAACGCUUUAUCACCAGUGGAACACCGGACAAACCAACUCAAGUCCGUAUGGUGGAUUCGGCGUCAACUCCACCGCCGAGGUCUGCUACGGACCUAUUCUCAGACCCACUUGACGCCCACCCGCUAUGGUUCAAACCCAAUCUCUUCCUCUCCCCAACCUUCGACUCCGAGUCCUACAUCUCGGAGCUCCGCACCUUCGUUCCAUUUGAUACGCUCCGUUCUGAGCUCCAGGCACACCUUGCCUCCCUCAACCACGAGCUUAUCGACCUCAUCAACCGUGAUUACGCCGAUUUCGUCAAUCUCAGUACCAAGCUCGUCGAUGUGGACGCUGCCGUGGUGCGCAUGCGGGCCCCGCUACUGGAGCUUCGAGAGAAGAUCGAGGGAUUUAGAGGAAGCGUAGAGGUCUCUCUUGUGGCUUUGAGGAAUGGAUUGCAGCAGAGAUCCGAGGCGGCGGCAGCUAGAGAGGUUUUGGAACUAUUGUUGGAUACUUUUCACGUGGUCUCUAAGGUUGAGAAACUUAUAAAGGAGCUACCAAGCGUGCCAGCUGACUGGUCAAAUGGUGAUUUGAGUUCAAGUGUAAAGAAUGCUGUGAGCAAUGGCACUUCCUUACAACCCAUUGAGAAUGGAACAAAUCUCAGGGAGACUCAAAGCAUGCUUCUGGAGAGAAUUGCCAGUGAGAUGAAUAGGCUAAAAUUCUACAUGGCUCAUGCGCAGAACCUUCCUUUUAUUGACAACAUGGAGAAAAGAAUUCAAAGUGCAAGCCUUCUAUUGGAUGCAAGUUUGGGACAUUGUUUUGUAAAUGGGCUGGAACACCGAGAUGAAAAUGCAAUAUACAAUUGUUUACGUGCAUAUGCUGCCAUUGAUAAUACCAAGAGCGCAGAAGAAAUUUUUCGCACAACUAUUGUAGCUCCAUUGGUACAGAAAAUUAUUCCACACGGACAAUCAGGAAUGGAUGCUGGGGCAUCUGGAGAUGAACUUGAAAAUGAUUAUCACCAAAUUAAACAAUUGAUCCAUAAAGACUGUAAAUUCCUUUUGGAAAUUUCUGCUGCAGAGAAUUCAGGUCUGCAUGUAUUUGACUUCUUGGCCAACUCGAUCUUGAAAGAAGUUCUCUCUGCAAUUCAAAAUGGAAAGCCAAGUGCUUUUUCCCCGGGAAGACCAACUGAAUUUCUGAUGAAUUACAAAUCAAGCCUAGAUUUCUUGGCUCAUCUUGAAGGCUAUUGUCCAUCCAGAUCAGCGGUCGCAAAAUUUCGAACAGAAGCUGUAUAUGCCGAGUUCAUGAAGCAGUGGAAUGUUGGGGUUUAUUUCUCUUUAAGAUUUCAGGAAAUAGCGGGGGCGCUGGAUUCAGUAUUGGCAGCAACCAGUCUUAUACCAGUUCAAAAUUCACAUUCUGGUCUUGGAAAUUUGCAAGACCUAACAUUAAAGCAAAGUGCCACUCUUUUGGAAAGCUUGAGAUCUUGUUGGAGAGAAGAUGUUCUCAUCCUCUUAUGCUCGGACAAGUUUCUUCGCUUAUCCCUACAGCUUCUUGCAAGAUAUUCAAAUUGGUUAUCAUCUGGACUGGCUGCCCGAAAGACAAGUAAUACAGGAUCCUCUUCUGGAUAUGAAUGGGCUAUUUCAGCUACACCUGAUGACUUUAUCUAUAUUAUUCAUGACAUAACUUGCCUAGCCACAGAGGUUUGUGGAGACUACCUUGAUCAUGUACUUCAGCGCCUGUCUACAUGUUCUACCAACAUUCUUGAUCAAGUAAAACAAAGCAUUUUGCAAGGUGGAAAGUCAUUAAAUGAUUUGGCACCUCUUGCUGUCAAUGCAAUCAUAGAGGCACUGGUUGAUAAGGCUGUUGAGGACUUGAGACAGGUGAAGGGAAUAACUGCAACUUACAGGAUGACUAAUAAGCCUCUUCCUGCCAGACAUUCACCCUAUGUAUCAGGGGUGUUGCGCCCUUUAAAGGCUUUUCUGGAGGGAGAGCGAGCUAUGACAUUUUUAACCAAGGAAACCAGGAACGAAUUACUGCUUGGCGCGGCAACCAACAUUACUGGUAGUUAUUAUGAAUUAGCUGCUGAACUUGUCAGCGUGGCUAGGAAAACGGAAUCUUCACUACAGAGAAUACGGCAGGGUGCUCAACGACGAGCUGGAGCAAGCUCAGAUGUCUCAGACCACAGUGUCUCUGAUACUGACAAGAUAUGCAUGCAGUUGUUCCUUGAUAUCCAGGAGUAUGGACGCAACCUCUCUGUUAUGGGCGUUGAGGCAGCCAACAUUCCAGCAUAUCGUUCCUUGUGGCAAUGCGUCGCUCCUCCGGAUAGGCAAAGUGUGAUUAAUUUGUGAUGUGAAUGAACAUUGCCUACUGGCAGCUUGUAGAUGUAUUUUCUUUUUCAAGUUAUCAAAUUCGAAUUACUUAUAUUUGUAAGUUGAGUUUGCUAAUAUUCAUUUUUGUUUGUUUCA